UAACGUGCGCCCAUAGAUCACGUGACAGUCAGCUGAUUCCACCCGGAAGUUUUAAGGAAGGCGAAAGCUACAACUACAAAUAAAAUUUAAAUUCCGCUGCUUUUUGUUGCUAAUAAUCAUGGAGGCGACCCUUGAACAGCAUCUCGAUGAUACCAUGAAGAAUCCUGCCAUCGUCGGGGUUCUCUGUACGGAUCAACAAGGACACAACCUGGGCUGCCGCGGCUCUCUGUCUGAUGAACAUGGUGGCGUUGUGUCAGUUCUGGCAAAACAAGCUGCAGCUCUCUCCAGAGACCCAACAGACACUCCAACUGUGUGUCUGGAGUCUGAGUCAGGAAAUAUUCUGGUGCGGACUCACGGGACCAUCACAGUGGCAGUUCACAAAAUAGCAUCUUAAAGACAACGGGAUUCACUGAGGAGCUUUAUAGUAAGGGACUGUGCUUCAAUACACACUAAACAAUAAUAAUCGGAAUAAACGAAGACAAAUCAGCGUUUCCACACUGGUCUGCUGUCAGUUCUUUAUGGUUCAAUCCUGUAUUGGAACCAGAGAGCAUUUGAUAAUUUCCUUUUGCAGGAUAGUGGAGUGAUUAAAUCCUAAAAGACAAUAAACAUCAAGUUAUGUUGUAUGGAGCCAUGUUAAUUCUGUGUAUGCAAGUGUUCGUUUGUUUGGAUUUGUUUGUUUACCUGUCUAUCAUAAUCCAUAUUCAAUAAAGUUUAACCUUUGUGUUUAAGUAUUAA